UAACUCGUUGUCAUGAAAGCAUAAAAAACAAUUUUCUCGACAACAAAUUGUUUAUAAAUGUAUAACUUUGUGUUUUUUUAUUUUCUACACGUCAGCAUACUAAAUUUUAGUUAUGGCAGAAGAAAUCUACUUAAUGCAAACUGGUGAUACGUGAAAUUAUUUUUAAAUUAGAUCUUUGGAAAUCUGUGCAUGUGCAAUACUGAUGGGUAUCAAGUAUUUCUACUAAGUGAUGAGCUUUGGGCACCUAAAGUAAAAAAAUGGAAUUGGAUGAAAGACUUCGUUGGAUAGAGAUCCGUGUUGCAUCUUCAUUGAAGCCAAGGGCGGAAGAUCUUAAGCGACUUUUUUCAAAAAAAGAAAACAGAGAAACAAUGUUUGAAUUUUGCAAUAAAGAUGAACGUCGAUACUUGCUUGUCUAUUUAUCAAACGUGACGGACGAAGGCUUCGUUGCAUCAUUUAAAGCACCAAAUUACUUCACAGAUAAAGCUAUGUUCUUCUGCAAGACAAAUGAAGCAAGCAAAUUAUCUCGAGAUAACAUCGCGAGCAAUGUUGGAUUUUGUGACUGCUCAAACAAACCACUGAAACAUUUAAAAAGGCUCGUUAAAGAUGUGUAUUUGCCUGUCCUGAGUAUUGAAAAUGGUGGUGGUGUAAGUGCUGACAAACUAAUGGAUCUCUUGCAUCGACUUGUCUCUUGCAUUCACGUAUUUGAUGGACACAUUGAGAACAAGGUUGCUCUUGCUCUUCCUUCUAUUGAAGUUCUAUCUGAAGCUGCGGCUAUUACCGGCCGAAGACCGGCAGUCAUCCAUGUUUUAGAAACGACAGUUGUUAAUUGGAUUAGACAGAUUAAGGGUGCAUUAAAACUAGAUCCUGAAGCUGAGAUACGUAAACAAGCUGGGACAUUUCCAGGACCGUUUAUUGAGAUUGAGGUGUGGUCACUUCAUUUAAGUAGACUGAAUUUCAUUGAUAAACAACUACAAUCUCCUAUUGCUGUGAACAUCAUCACGAAUCUUGAAGAUGCUCAUAGCACGUAUGGACAAAGCUUUGAUUUGGUAAAGAAAGAGUUGAACAAGGCCAAUGUAGAAUGUAAGGAAAAUCUUCAGUAUUUACAAACGCUGGUGCCUUGGUUUAAAAAACUUCAUCACACAAAAUCUUUGUCGUCCAUUUUGAAACAAUUUCCACCUCUAAUGCACACCGUAUACCUAGUUUGGUUGCAUUCCAGAUACUACCAUGAAAAAAGUCACUUUCAUCGCUUGAUAUCCAUGUUGUCUCAUGAAGUUGUCGAGCGAGCAAAAUCAUUUGUCUGCCAUUUUGUUCUUGAUGAACCAGAUGAGUCGGCUCAAAGUUUAAAAGAUGCCCUUCGACUAUGUGCAUCUUUCCGAGGAAGUUAUUUGGAUAAAAAAGACAAAGCUGAUGUCUUCAAUCAAAAGAUGCGUUGUAAAAUGUCUCCGUGCAGCGUGGAAUCUGCCAUGUUUAGGCAGAAUUGGAGUGGAACAGACAAAGAUGGUCGAUCUAGUACAUAUCGAAAACAAUCUGCUUUACAGUACGCUGAAAAAAAUGAAACGUGGGUAGAUUCCCCUUGGCCCGCGAGAAAUAAUCACGUGUUUAGCAUGCUAAACAAUUUUAUGGAGCGAUGCAAUGAUGUCUUGGAACUUGUGCAAAGUACAACACAUUUCAAAAUGUUGAGACUGGCCUCCGAAAUUGGCGGAGCUGGAGGGACUAAUCUUAACAGCCUUGUUAAAGAAAUUUAUGGAAAUUUUUUAGAAGCGAUCGAGAAGAUGAAAGGAUAUAAUUUGGAUGUAUUGGAAGUGGAGGUGAAUGGAACAAACCUUUUUGAAAAAGCGUUUUUUGAAUUUCGUUCAGUUUUAAAGAGUCUUGAGCGUCGUUUGGCUGAUGUCUUGCGUCAAAGCUUCAAGCAAUGUCCUGACACUAAAGCGAAGCUCCGUUUACUGGAGGUGUUUGAAGGAACAAGUGGAAGGGAACUUAUUCAGGAGAAUCUGCUCGAUAUAAGUGAACAAAUGUUAAUGCACUUUACAAAAAAUGUCGAAAAUAUGAAAGAUUACUUUCAUCUUCGUGUCAACAAUCCUCCAGUUCAUUCACAUCUUCCAUUUAUCGCAAGCAAACUUAUGUGGCUGGAAGGAAUUAAAUCUAGAAUUGGCGAACCAAUGGCAAAAUUCCGAAGACUUUCUUCAGUUUCAUUUAAAGGUGACAAAGGAUGGAAAUUACGAGACAAUUUCAACGAUUUGAUAAAAGAUAUUAAACGGACUGAAUCUCUAGCAAUUUCUUCAUGGCAAAAUUCUAUCCAAGAGGACUUGCGAUCAAAGAUGAGCGAACCAUUACUGAUUGAAGUAAAUGAUUGUGAAAAAAACAGUAGGAUUGUUCUGGUGAACUUAGAUCCCAAGUUGUUGUCUUUGUUGAAAGAAGUUCGUUAUUUGACUGAACCGCCUUUUCGUCUUCGAAUUCCUGAUCCAGCGAAAUUGCUAAUACGUCAUGUAAAUGUCGACCAAUUAAGACGAACUGCUGCAAGAUUAGAAACGAUUGUGUCUCGUUAUAAUGGAAUCCACAAGAAUAUACAACCCAAUGAAUUUCCUCUUUUUGAAAGGAAACUUACAAAGAUAAAUGAGCUACUGAAUGAAGGAAUUCAUAAUUACAGUUGGAAGACAGCGGAUUUGGCUGAUUUUGUUGAGCAUUUGUGUUCACUUGUUUGUGAAGACGUUCAUAAAAAUCUCGCAACGAUUCAGAAUAACUAUAAGGAGAUAAAAUGUAUUGUCCACUCCUGGUCUCAGGAAGUUUGUGUAGACGCUAUGCGAUCACGUGACAAACUUAAGUCCUAUUCUAUAGAUGAACUGAACUCCUUGCACAGAGAAAGUAUGACUUCAACGGAGCACUCGAUCGCAAUUGGAGGCAAUCGAAUUCACGGUUUACUUGCAUCUUCCUUUGAAGCUGUACAAGUAAGUCGGGCCUCUCCUGCAUGGCAAGAUUACAUCCAUUGUAUAAGUGAGUUUGUUUUGGAAGGUCUCAAAAAAUCUGUACUUGUAUCUUUGAAGUCAAUGAUGAAGGAAGUCAGCAUGACUAUAGAUGCUCAGGAAGAGGAAGUUUUCGUGCCAGUCAUCACCAUUAGACUGGAGCUUUCUGGUUCCCAAGUUGUAUUUCAGCCAAAACUUGACGAACAAGACGCAACGUUUAGUGUCCAAGAAUUCUUUUACGGUUGGAUUGAAGAUAUUUUGAAACGAAGUCACAUAGUCAAACCAAUCGAAUCUGGACUCAAGACAUACUACAGCUUGAUUUCUGAUAUGGAGGAUGUCAAAGAAUUAAUAUCUUCAAUAAAGAUGAUCGUUAGAAAUAAUGGAUUGCAAUGUCAGAACUUGCUGGGAACAUUUCACAAGUACGCAUUUCUCUGGAUGCAAGAUGUUGAGAGAACAUUUGAUGAAUUCCUUGCUGGGAAUAUUGUUGCACAUCCACGUGACAUGACGAGGCCAGAAGCCCUGCGUUCAAGUGCAUCAAUUACGUCACUAAAAGUAAAAGAAAGCAAAGGAUCACUUACCUCAAGUAUUCAUACUUUGGGGGCUUAUUCUCUUGAUACGAGUGGUACACUGGGGUUGUCUGAAAAGAACUUUCUCCUAAACAAGCUUUCAGAGAUUGAAAAGGCUACAUCCUUGCCAUCACUGGAUGAUUUUGACGAAGAAUUAAAAAUAUUUAAAGUUUGUAGAGAUGAAAUUGAAGAGCUUAAUAAUAGCUUGGAUAUCGGCUUUACACGGGUCAACACUCGUCCUUUACAGCAAGUAUUACAGGCAUAUGCUAGCAAAUGGAUGUUUACUUACACAAAGUACUUAUCUGACCAGGUAUCAAACAUUCUCAACGAUUUAGACUCUUUCUUGAAACGGAUAGAACCUGGUAUUGAGGCCAUUACUGGCAAAGAGAGAGAUAUUACGUCAUUUAUGCGACUUAUGGGAAUAUUUAAUGAGGUGAAUACUCAACAAGCAGAAAUGGAUAGCAAGUUUGUUGCAAUGAAAAGGUCUAUUAAUUUGCUUGAAAAAUACAAGCAAAAACUUCCAGGUACAACGCAAAAAUUUUAUGCUGCAGCCCCACAAAAGUGGAAUAACCUAAAAUUAAAGGUUGCUCAAGCUAAGCAGAGACUUGGUCCUCGAAUACAGUCUGAAGAAAAAGCUGUUACUGCUGAGUUAAAUGCGUUUGGGAAACGUUGUGAUCUUCUUUUUCGUGAACUUAUGGCAUCGGCAGUCUUUAAAAGGAAAUGUCUGAUUUAUACGGCUUUUAAUGUAAUGGAAAUGUUUGAAAAGAGAUUGAAGGUUUUGGAAAGUGAGGCUCAGGAUUUGAUUGAAUUACAAGAACUUCUUGAGAAGAACAUUGUCAACUUUUCUAUUUUGCCUCAAGUGGGAUCUGACCUAAAAGGUCUUCGGGAAGUGUGGGAAAUGUUUAGGUCGGUACAAGAACAACAAAAUGAAAGGAAACGACAAAGGUGGUUUACUUUGGACACAAAGAGUCUUCAAAUAAUCUUAGAAGAACUUUUAAGACAAAUUCAUUCUUUACCUUCCCGCACUCAUCCCUGGGAUGUGUACAUUGGUAUGUUAGAAUCUGUUGUUGAUAUGCAGGCGUGUUUACCUCUUGUUGAAGACCUACAAAAGGCGGCACUUCGUUCUCGACAUUGGAAACAAUUGUUGAGAUUGACCGGUGAAAGUCCUCAUACAAUGAUCAAUAAUGGAUUAAUGAAGAUGUCUUUUGGACAAUUUAUAGAAUUUGGAUUUCAUCAACAUGUUGAUGAAGUACGAUCAAUAAUUCAAAAGGCAACCAAAGACGUUGAAAUUGAGAGUUCGCUUAAAACUUAUGAAGAAGUUUGGUUAAGCAAAGUGUUUGAACUGAAACGUUAUUCGAAAGCUCGAGCUUCCUCAGCCGCUGUCGUGAGUGGAAAUCAAGAGAUAAAUGGUAGUGAAAUUGACUCCGAGGUUCACGGUCAUAAUGGGCAUCGACACGGUUUAUCUACAAGAUAUUCAGUUACAAGUCACGGUAGUGAAGGCUUAAGUCAUAAAGAAAGUCGAACUCUUCGAACAACAUCGUCAUUAACAUCUGGAGCUUUCUCUCACUCACUUUUAAAUUUGACACAAGAUUCUGGUCCACUUUAUUUGCUAACGAAUUGUGAUCCCAUUUUUGAAGAACUCGAAACCCACCAGGUUUCAUUGCAAUGUAUGUUAUGUGGAAGUUCAGCCAGCUCGUUCACUGAUGAAAUACAAAAGUGGCAAAAACAACUACAAACUAUUGAAGCUGUAUUAUCCGUGUGGCUUGAUGUUCAGGAUAAAUGGAUGGAACUGGAAGAUAUAUAUGGUAGUUUUGAAGUUCGUAUUACGUUGCCUCACGAAGCAAAUGUGUUUGCUGCAGUGAACAGAGAUUUUCGAGUGCUGAUGAAAGUGACGGAAAGAAAUUCUAACGUCUUGCAGAGUUGCUCAAGAGCAAAUAUCCAGGCAAAACUUGAAAAGAUGCAAAGUAAUUUGGAACAGUGUUGGAAAUCACUUCUUGUUCUUUUGGAAAGAAGGCAGCAAAAAUUUCCUAAGUUUUAUUUUCUCUCUACAGAAGAUGUUCUUCAUGUUGUUUGUAAUGGUCAUCAUCCUGCUCUAGUUAAUCCCUAUCUAUCCAAAAUUAUUGAGAACGUCAAUCACCUUCAAUAUAAGACUGUUGUAAGAGAUAAUAUGUCGGCGUUUCACGUUUUGGGUGUGGUCAGCAAAAUGGAGGAGCAUGUGGAUUUUGCCGAGGCUAUUGUAUGCGACAGUACUAUUGAGAACUGGCUUCUGGAUGUCGAAAAAUCACUUGUAGGAACACUGAGUACACAGGUAAAAAAUAUCAUUGAAGGACUUGGCGAGACUUAUUCAACUAUAUUGGACAUCAAUGAUGGCAACAUUGAAACAUGGAUUCUCGAAACUGCUUCCGAUGUUGUUUCACUUGUUACGCAUAUUGAUGUAAAUUCAAGUGUUGAACAAUGCUUCAUGGAAAAUGAACAUGAACAAAUGAAAUCUAUGAACGAACUAUUGGAGAAAAUCAUUUGCACUAUAACAUCUGUAAGUCGUGUAUUAAGGAAGAGUGGUGUUCCUUCUACCCCAAAAUAUGGUAAACCUCGUUCGACAAGAGGUGAACUAGAUGAUGAGGAUCGGAAAUCUGAAUCUCGUUUUGAAGUGCCUGGUCAAACUUCCUACCACGACAAGUUAUGUCUUCCUCAUCAACGUCAAAAAUUUGCAAAUCUGAUUGCGUUGUUUGUGCACACUCGUGAUAUCAUUGGAAUGCUUUUAAAUUUAUCAAAUGAAGGUUGCAAAUCAUUACAACAAACGUUUGAAUGGUCUUCUCAAGUGAAAUAUCAUUAUUCAAAGGGUGAAAAUUCUGUUUCCGUUAAAGUGUUCAAUGCUACAUUUCAAUAUGGAAUGGAGUUUCAAGGUUCUUGCCCAAGAUUGGUCAUAACGCCUGUUGCGGAUAAAUACUUUGUAAAUUUAGCUCAAGCAGUCAAAUCACAUUUGGUGGGAACUUGUAUUGGUCCUUCGGGAGUUGGAAAGAACGAAACCAUUCAUGAUUUUUCACGGGCUUGUGGUAAACCUUUCUAUUUAUUUUCUUGUGCUGCUUCAAUGAAUCAAGUGUUUUUAACAGGAGUUUUCAAAGGAUUGGCUUUGACUGGAGCAUGGAUAUGCUUUCAAAAGAUGAACGUCAUGGAAAACAGCGUAUUAUCUUUCAUGGUUCAGCUUAUCCAAAGUGUUAUGGAUGGCUUGAAAGCAAAGAAAUCUUCAGUUAUUAUUGGAAAUGAAGAUGUUGCUCUUACGCCGAGUGCCGCUUGCUUUGCUACCAUAACUUCGUCUAGCUCAAUUAAUGAUCCUUUAAGCCGUUCAUUUGACUAUUUUACAUCGAUGCCGUCGGAUCUCGCUGAGUUACCAAGAGAACUUCUGCAAAGAUUACGUGCCGUGUCAUUCACUCGACCUGAUAAACUUAUUAUGUGUGAAGUCUGUUUGAUGGCAAACGGUUUUACAACUGCAUCGCGUCUUUCCAAAUUGAUACUUCGACUUCAAGUUUUAUGCGAAACAUUUAUUUCUUCCUACACUCUUUCAAACAAUCAGAUGGAGAAUUUUCCAUUACGUGUGGCAAAGGGCUUUAGUUGGAGUUCGGUAUGUCUAAAGAAGAUCAUUAAUGAUGCGGCAAAUCAUUUAUAUGAGAACUGUUUUGAAGAUAAAAUACAAUCUUCUGACGAUAUUAAUGUUCUUGAUGUUAAGAGUUCCAUUGAAGAUUCGCAAAUUAUUGAUGAAGAUUUAUUGCACACGGAAGAUAUUACUGCAACAGAAAUUGAAAUGGAAACAAAAAGCCAAAACACCGCAGAAAUUGGAAAGGAAAUUGAGAAUAAUUGUAAAUACUCUGCUGAGACUCUGGAGGAGCUUGCACUUUUGAAAGCUAUUAGAGAUACCUUUGUUCCAGGAUUAUCUACAUCAAAUGCUGAUAUUUUUGCCAGUUUCAUGGCUGACAUAAGUCAGUAUGCAGACACUGUUGGAGUAAUUGAUGAUUAUACUGUACCAAGCGAAACUAGUGAUUCAAGCAAGACAGACAUGACUUCGCUAAAACCAGCUGAACUACAAAAACCACUUGAAGGAAUUGAUGGAAAUGAAAGUUUUGCUGUCAUUGCUGCAUUAAAAGCACUUGGCUUACAACGUGGUAAAUUAUUUGAAAAUCGAGUCAUCCAGUUAUUACAACUUGUUGCUGCACACAAAACAGUUAUGGUGAUUGGACCAUGCGGUUGUGGUAAAACAGAAUGCAUAAAAUCUGUAGCUGCAGCUCAUAGACAAAUGGGUAGAAUUGUUCGAAAAGACAUCGUAUGUACGGGGGCACUUGAAUCGUUUGAACUUAUGGGUUGUUGCGAUGUGGUGACUGGUGAGUGGAAAGAUGGCUUUUUACCACGACUACUUCGAAAACAUUCGCAACAAAUGAGGACGAGUGAACUGUUUUCUCAAAUGAAACCAACACCUUUCGCUCAGUGGAUUCAUUUGGACGGCAUUAUUGACUCGAUUGAGGGAGAAGCUUUUGAUGUGAUGAUACACAACAAUGGAACUGUUGUUUUUCAAAGUGGUGAAAGAAUUGGAAUACCCGAAAAUCUUAAGAUCAUAUGGGAGGUUGAAAACUUGCAACAUGUGAGUCCUUCAACAGUUUGUCAAGUUGGUCUCCUUAGUAUGACCAAAGAAGAUGUUACUUGGCACAUGUUAGUCAAGAAAUGGAUCAAUAAAAAACCUGAUCGUGAAGCAGAAUUGCUUGAUUUGUUAUGUGAGCGUUACAUUAGACCAACAUUGGAAUUUUUAACAGCUAGUACGUCUGUGCCUCCUAAACCUGGUGCAGCUCUUACGAGAGCUAAAUAUAAACCGUUACAACAUGUCGUAUGGACUACAGAAAUUACUAUGACAGAAACUUUGAUUGCUCUCUUUGAGGCUUCAGUCUCCCAUUUUAAAGAUUUGACGCCCGUAGAAUACGAAAACUACUUCAACUUUGCUGCAAUAUGGGCUUUUGGUGGUACGUUGAUUGAAAGUCACCGCAUUUAUUUCAGUAAAUGGUGGAAAAAUCAAUGGAAGGAUUUCAUUACAUUUCCUGAAAACAGAGAGGUUUGGGAUUACUUUGUCUCUACUGAUACCCACGAGUUUUCGUUGUGGAGCGAUUUUUUGCAACAAUACACAAUGUCAAAUGGAGAAGGGAUACCACCAGAUGCGUAUGUACACACUGUUGGUACAGAGGGAUUUUUCCACGUUGCAAGUCUUCUGUGUGAAGCAGGACAACCAGUGAUGCUUAUUGGUGAACAAGGUUGUGGUAAAACCUCAAUUGUUCGUGAAAAGUUGUAUAAUCAAGAUAGCGAUGUUGCAGAGUUUUAUGCUUUAAGUGUUUACUGCAAUCAAUUCACUUCAUCAAGAACGCUAUGGCGAAGUAUUAAUGAUUGUUUGGAAUGGAAACAUGGAAGAACAUAUGUACCGAAAGGAAAUAAAAAGUUGAUCUGUUUGGUGGAUGAUCUGAAUCUUAGCAAGACAAAUAAUUACGGUGUUCAAUCAUCUACCGAACUUAUCCGACAUUUGCUUGAUCAUCACGGUGUUUUUGAUCCAGAAACUCAACAAUGGCGGGAAAUCCAAGAUGUGACAUAUAUUACUACUUACAAUCCUCAUAUAUCAACCACCGUAUCUAAGAUUGGACAUCGUUUACUUAGGCAUUUCUCGCUGUUUAAUGUUCCCUAUCCUAGUGUGGAUACUCUUAGAAAUAUUUAUUACAAUUUGUUGAGGACUCAUUUUUAUGAGUGUCGACAACUGUCAUCAAUGGCCAGCGUUGCUAAAGUUGUCAUGGAUACAGUUGAUUCCAGUUUUAAUGAUGUUACCAUACCAAAUACACUAACCAAUGGAAAAAAAAAAUUUAAAGAACUACUGUCCACAGUUGUUCGUGCUACGAUUGAACUACAAAAUGAACUACGUGUUAUGUAUUUGCCAACAGCUCAAAGAUGUCAUUAUAUAUUCACAAUGACCGACUUAACUAUGCUUUUCAGGAACCUGUGCCUAUCUCUACGACAAGGUUGCUCUGUAAGCGAUCUCUUGUUACUAUGGCGACACGAAUGUGAUUGGAUAUACAACAGACGACUUGUUGAUUUUGUUGAUCGGGAGCGUUAUCGACAAACGUUUUUGAAUUCUGUGAAAAAAGAAUUUUCUUCCGUUGAACAGAUUGAUAUCUUGUUAAGUAAAAGUGUGAUGUUUACUAAUUUGGUUGAAGCUGAAGAUAACAUAGUUCCAGCAACUGGGGAGAGCACGAUGGAGACUUCUGAUGAAAAUGUUCAGUUGAUGUAUCGUCCACUUUAUAACGUUGCAAAGGUGAAACAAAUUCUUUCCCAUGCUAUUUUGGAGUACAAUAAAGACUUUCCUAAGAUCAAGCUCAACUUGGACCAAGAUUUGAUUGAGGCAAUUUGUCGUCUUGUUCGCGUUGUUCAAUCGCCUCAUGGCUGUAGCAAUGCUUUACUUGCAUCGGAAGGCUCUCCCGGUGAUAUGUUAGGCAUGGUAAAACUGACUGGAUAUCUCUGUGGAUUUUCAAUGUGCCAACUUAAUGUGUCCAGUUUCAAUGGAUCGCAAUAUACAAUCUCGAACUUUAGAAAUGACCUUGUUAGUGUUUACCGGAGAGCAGGUGUAAAGCGAGAAAAGAUUCUUCUUUUGUUUAAUGAAAGCGAUAUUGUAAACAAAGAUAUGAUGGUGUACAUAAGUGAAUUUCUCGUAUCCUCGUCUAUUGCUCAUUUGUUUUCGGAAGAAGAGCGAACGUCCGCCAUUAAUUCUGUACGAUCAGAUGUCACACAAGCUGGCCUGGCAUAUAGUAAAGAUGUAGCUUGGAAAUUCUUUUUAAGAGCGGUAAAAGAAAACCUUCGAGUUGUUCUUUCUGUGUCAUCGUCGGCUUCAAAGUUUCAACAACAAUGUCGCGAUUUUCCUGGCUUAACAAACUGUAUUUCUAUUAUGUUUUUCCCUCAUUGGUCGAGAGAAAAUCUUAUUUUGCGGGCAAGUGAGCUUUUGCAGGAUAUUGAUCUUUUUGACGUUGUCGGCAAAGAGAAUAUGGCUCACCUUCUUGCUUCAAUUCAUUUAUGCCUUCGUGAAAAUGAUCCAAGUGAAAAUUCCGGUGGAAGUUUUGGCCACAUCACUAAUACAACAUAUAAAAAGUUUGUUGAGCGAUUUAACAGUUUGUUUAAAAAACGCUAUCUUUCUAUACACGAGGAAUACGAACGCACUACCUCUGCUUUGCAAAACGUAUCCGAGGCAGCGGAACUUGCUGGUCAGCGUUUAAUGCAACUGGAACACGAGAAAAUUGUUUUGGAGCAGAAAAAAGAGAGCAAUAUGCAACUUCUGUCACAAAUUGGUCAGGAUAAAGCUAUUGCCGAGGAACAAAUAAAAUUGAUUUCGCGACAACGUCUGAAGAUUUUACACUUGCAAAAGGCUCUACCUAAGUUUAAAGACGCCCAUGAGCGAGCAAUUUUCAAAGCAGCCGCAGUUGUGUCUGAUGUAAAACGAAUGUUAAAUUUGCUGGAUAGUAAGGCGCUCAAUGAGUUACGUGUGAUACAGAAACCUGAUCCAGAAAUUGAAGAUAUUUUUGCGACUGUUAUCAUUAUAUUAAGGUCUCCCUCUUCUGACCUAACAUGGAAUAAAGGGGCGAAAAGAAUUAUGGCAAAUCUGGACAGAUUUCGUGAUGAUCUUGCCAGUUUUGAUGACAUGGAUAUCAGUGAAAAUACUUUACAAAUUUUGGAUACAUAUUUGGGCAAGCCUCAUUUUGAUCAUUUGAUGAUCACCAAAAAAUUUGAUAACCCUGCUUUGGCCAUUCUUGUCAAGUGGGUUUCUGGUGUUGUGAAAUAUCAUCAGAUGAUAUUUAUCAAAGUAAAGCCACUUCACAACAAAGUCGAGGAGACGAACAAAACAAUAAAUGAAGUUUCAAACAAAAUUUCAAUGUUGGAAAAUAAGCUGCAAGAUCUCCAAACAAGACUUGACUCUUUAGCUAAGGCAUACGAAGAAGCUUGUAUUGAUAAAUGUCGGCAAAACAAACUCACCGAGAAAUUGAACAAACAACUGGAGCGCGCUAGCUAUUUUGAACAGGUAUUGGCUAAAGCAAGAAAUAAGUGGACUCGAUUUCUUGAAACUAUUACAAACAGAGAAGCAGCUAUAUCUGGUAUAGUGUGUAUGGCUGCAGCUUUUGCUACGUAUCUUGGACCUUUCUCUUACUCAUUCAGACGUAAAAUGCUCACUAAUUAUUGGCCAAAAUGUUUACGAGAGCGUGGUGUUGCACUGCUAUUGGAUGAUUCACCAGACGUUUUAAUGGCUACAAACUCUGAACAAAAACUUGUGGAAAAAGAAUCUGAAUUUGUUAAAAUGGACAAGCAGAAACAUGCAUCAGAUGUGGGUGUUGACAAUAAAAAAAAUGAAAUAGGCCUAGAAAAUGGACGUGAAAAAGAUGAUAUGUUGAUUCAAAAAGUGGAUUUAGUUGCUGUUGAUGAUUCAUUUGAAAUAAAUAAAGAUAAAGAAAAAGACGACAAGGAGUCAUCGAGAGCGAAUUGUAAUGAUGAUGCCAUGAUAAGUGUUAAGGAAAAAACGCAGCAAACAUCAAAUGAAUUUGUGUCAUUGGACUCCAAGUAUGAUGCAUAUCUUUUAUCGUUGAUAAAAAAUCUUGUUGGUGGAGAAAAAGUUCGCGAAUGGUUGAUUGCUGGUCUUGGAUUACGUGAAAUGGAAGAUGUUAGUAUAAGUGCGUCAUCUUGGCAAGGACCACCUUUUCUUAUUGAUCCGCACGCCAGAGGUUUAAAACUAAUACGACAGAUGGAAAAUAACGAUAAAGUUGUUGAAAUAGACGCAAACGAUGGCGAUGUUGGAAUAUCGAUGCAAGUUGAGAAAGCUAUAACUUGUGGCAAUGUACUGGUUUUAUAUAAUAUCAAUGAAAGUGUAGAUUCACUUUUUCUUCCUUUAAUAUAUCGCCUAAAUACCAAUACUGAUGAUGACAAUUGUGAUGGUUUACAGACAGUCAAUUAUGGUGGUCGUCGUCUCAGUUUUCAUCCAAAUUUCAAACUUUAUCUAUUGACUAACUUGCAUGAAAUAAACUUCUCGCCGGAAAUAGCUUCUAUCACCACUCUGGUCAACUUUUCCCUGGAACACGAAAGUUUGGCUGAAGAGAUCUUGAAUCGCUCGUUGUUGCGUGUUCAACCAGAAAUUUCACAGGAUAACAAGAAAACAAUAAAUGCCUUGAUGGAAAACAUUGUUAUUCUUGAAGAAUUGGAUAGUAAAAUAUUAACAAAGCUUAGCGUCUGUCAAGGAACUAAUGCUUGGGAUGACACUCAACUCAUUGCUGAUAUGGUUCAAUGUAGAUCACAGAUUACGAAAAGGCUUGAAGAUGAACUGUUUCAUCUUGAUAAACUUGGUCACAUAAAACGAAGAUAUGAACCUAUUUGUCAACUUGCUGUUCUUCUGUUUGACACAAUCAACUCUUUAUCAGCGAUUCAGCACGAAUAUCGUUUUUCUAUCGAUUAUUUUUUAAACAUUUUUGAUAUUGCUUUAAAUGAGGUUAUUCCUCUAAGUGAUGUCAUACAGCAUGAUAUGGUAGAGAAGAAAACAGGUGAUACAACAUCAAGAGAAAUAAUGAUUCAGGUUUUUGAUGAAGAAGGAAACGCUUCUAUGCGCAAAUGGUUUGAAGAUGAUAAACACGGCUUAAAUAGUGAAGUUCAGCAUGUUUCUGUGAUCCUUCCACAUGAAAUGAAAUUUCCUACCCCUGGUGUUGCAUAUGAAACCAUAUCUGAUGACGUAAUAAAACAAAUUGCUGAUAAAUUAAUGAAGGGUGUUUUUGAAAGUUCGUUUAGAAGCAUAUACAGUCACCAUCGCGUAAGUUUUGGAGCUUUGUUAUCUUCUGUUAUUCAUCAACAUAUUUCCUACAACGAUGCUUUUGAUAAGCUCACGGAAGUCCUCAUCACUGGAAACUUAGUCGGGACAGAGCAUCUUAAGUUGGCAGAUUUUGAUCCAACCCUUCUUACACCUUCUUGGGUCCCAAUUGACCGCUGGCAAAGUAUACUUAGUCUUUCGACUCUUCCGGGUCCUCUCGAGCAAAUAUGUACAACGAUUGUGAGUGAUCCUAAAUGGCAGGAAUGGUAUCAUGAUGAUGAACCUGAAAAACUAAAAUUACCUGGACUUGGUGAAGUUUUGGAGAAUACAACCAGUGAAGCUUUAAACACAGCCACAGAUUUUCAUAGUUUAUUAGUGCUACGUUGUCUUCGUCCUGACCGACUUGUUUCAGCGACAAAGAAAUACGUUGAAGGAAUUCUAAACAACUUACAUGCACAAAUUAAUGCGACGUUUCCUGACAUUUUGAAGCAAAUUGAACACUGUAUUCCAAUCCUGAUUCUGUUGCCAAACAACUCUCUUUGCGAUAUUUCUACAUGUUCACCGACAGAAAUGUUAUUUAAGUUCGCUGAAAAAGAAAAUAUUCCUUGUCAACAUGUGGUAGUCGCUAGUGGUCAUGAAAACAUCACUGACAUUGCGUUAGCUGCAGCUGUUCGCUCUGACAGUUGGAUUAUUAUUGAAAACAUUCAUUGUGGGACUUCAUCCUGGUUAAAUCUGUUAUAUAGCCGGUUAGAAAGAUUGCGUUCUCAAACAGGAACUAUGUCUUCUCCGAGCCAAUGGCGAGUUUUUCUUACGGCAAAACCAAGUCAAUCACUCCCCAAAUCCUUGCUUUACCUUGCCCACUCCAUUGCUUGGGAUCUACUUCAAAUAGAUGCAAGUGAAGUUCGCAUUAACUCAAUUGAUGAUUCUUUCAACGUGAAUUUAAUUUCCUUCUUAACAACUGCUCUUAAUAAUAUAUCCAUGGCAACAUGGGAUGGGUUAAAGCGUUUGUCUCUUUUUUUUCGAACGGCAGUUUUUCGUUUGUGUAUAUUUCAUGGCAUCUUAUGUAUGAGACAAAAGUUCGGCACUCGAGCGAUGGUAAAGGAGUAUGAGUUUGGUCUCUAUGAUUUAGAGCAAGCCAUUCAACUCUGUAUACAGCUAUGUGAUGAUGAGAAUAUUGAAAGCCCCGCCAUUAUAACAAGGCACUGCUGUUCUGUUGCUCAUAUAAUUUAUGGCGGUAAAAUGUGUGAGCCACAAGACAGUGACUACAUGAAGUUAUUGCUGCAGCAGAUAUUUUCAGCAGAAACUUCUGAGUCGUCGUUUAGUAUAAAAGGAAUGACUUUUCCAUUACCACCAAUGAAUGUCGAACCUUCUGAAUAUGGUCAGUGGUUGAAGGAAAAAUUACAGAUUGAUCAUAUUAAAGUUGACCUUUCUAUGAAUGCCGUUUGGCCUGAGGCUUGUGUGAAAAGGGAAAGAGAUGAAUAUAGUGCUGAAGUAGUUUUGAAAGAUCUUGGCUUAUUAAAGUCUAGUUUUUAUAACCUGCACAAGCAUGAAGAUAUAAACAGAACAGCUUUUCAUCGUAAUCUUGAAAUGUGUUUGGAAAACUUACCAACUCUACUUAACUUUGAAUCAUGGAAGAAGGAUUUGGAUAUUUGCCUGAAAGCAUCAGUUAUGUCUGGAUUACGUGCUUUAUCUACGAUCUCAGACACAAUAUCUGUUGCUUCAAGUCUCGACAAGACUCUUCCUAAAACAUUGACUCAUGCCAUGUUGCAGGAAUGUGAAUGGUUUAAUGCGAUUCUUUGUGACAUUCGUCAAUCGUUGCAUACUUUGGAGGAGUGUAUUUUACAAGGAGUACAUGCUCUGUCUUAUUCACUGAAAGAAAUCGUCUACCCACUUCAACGUGGCUUAGUACCAUGGAAAUGGUUACAUAAAAGUUGGCAACCUACUGUACGUCCACUGGAUUCUUGGCUAGAGGAGUUUCGAUUAUGUCAUAAGCAACGAGAAACAUGGCUUGCUUCUCUUAUUUCACCGAACGAGGGAGAGGAAUUUGCAUUUAAAUAUGAAGCUUUUGAUAAAUUGUGGCUUGCUGGGCUUGUAAAUCCUAAAGCAUUUAUUUACUCUUUGAAACAUGAAAAAGCUGUAAGUUACGGAUGUUCAAUUGAUGAUAUAACUUUAGUUUGUGAUGUUGGAAAGGAUCCUGCUAGCGGUGAUGAAAAUGAAGACGAAUCUAUUGUUUUAACGGGUCUCUAUCUUGAAGGUGCACAAUGGAAAAUAAAUGAAGGGAUCGUACCAUGGAGUACACCGUUAUUCAAAAUGUUUGAUAUACACGUGAAAGCAAUUCAUAUUCGUAACAGAGAGGCUGAGAUCGGAAAUAUUUAUAACUGUCCAGUUUAUCGGAAUAGGUCUCGUCGAUUUAGUCCUUUCAAACUCCCUCUAAAAUGUCAUGGAUCGCCUGAAGACUUGCUUUACCGAGGAGUUGCUCUUAUUAUUGAUACUGGUGAAAUCUUCAAUUCUUGGAAAUUACAAAGAUUCGUGACGAAAUGAAUAUCGUCUUAUCCAUUUGUACAUUUUGUAAGUUUAUAUAAAAUUUGUUUAUGCAUCAAUUUUAUUGUUUUUAUUUAUAUUUUUAUAGUUGUGACACUUCUUUCGUAAAGUCAUUACAAAAGUUAUAACGUUUA